AUGCGAGAUGAUCGAGUAUUCGCAUGGCGAAGAGUGUCGCGAAGAACUGGAGCUGGGCCGAAGAGGCGCUGGUCGAGUCGCAGGCCCGCUUUUGAGCCACCAAAGUCAGCGCCGAGUCAAGUGAACGUGCUACACGCAUAUCUAACUUGGUUAAGCUGGGGAGCAAAGCCAAGCGGACACGAGACAUCCUCUGCCGCUGCUGGCCUGGACGGGGAUUAUCAAAGCCUUGGUAUUCCUUCAGGAUCGUGGACGAAGAGACAUAGUCGAAGAGGAAUGCGUUUUGUGCUUCUUACCCGUAUCACAUCCGAGCACAGAAUACGACACCCAUCUGAGAGAAGGAGAUACGCCAUAACUCUGCCCUCAUGCUUAUCCACCUGCGCGUGUGCUUUUGUUUCCUCAGCGUUAGUUAGCUCGUAUCUUCACUUUUUCUUCCCUCUCGAUUCACCCCCUAUGUCCGCAAUCCUAAGUGUUUCAUGCCCUGCUCCCUGCGUCACGAACCCCGGAAUCCGAAAAUCGUUCCCAAUACCACCAUUUGGUUUGGAUCCCGGGGUCUUGUUACCCGGGAAAGUCGUAUUCCUUGUCCUCGAGAAUGAGUCGGGUUUGUCGCUCUCGGGGAUAAGUAGUGAGUUGGUUGCUAACCCGGCAUUCUAA